GCUAGUCCACGUGCAGAAGGCGUGCACUGUCACGGCUUCUCCGUCACCUCUCGGUGAAGUGUCAUAAAAAAAUCUCCGAGACCUUUGAAUCGCGUUCUCGAUCGUACAUACGCAUUAUCUGAUUUUUGAAAAAAAAAAAAGACUGCGUCGAUUAUCAUCUUGGGGUUUAUAAAAAAUUUGCAACAAAGUUACUCCGAGAAGAAGUGUUAACAAAAUGGCGGAAAAUUUACAUUGGAUCGUAAGGAUUGUCCGAGGUAUGGCAUGUCUCGCCGGAGCCUUCGAUGAAGCUAGAGAUUUGUGAGAAAAACUCGACCGUGAAUCUGUUAUCGUAUAAGACCAUUAUAAAGGAUUUAAAAUUUAGAAUUAAUUGAUAAUUAAAUUAUACUAAGUGUACUCGAAAUCAAAGAUUUUUUAAAGAUAUUAAUUAAUCAAUAUUAAUUAAUCAUCGAACCGAGGGUGGAAGUUAUUAUUCGUAAAAGAAAGAAAAACAAGAAGCUGACGAGCCAAAGAAAUUGUAGGCUAAUCAAUUAACUCCUUAAAUGUUUAUGCCAGUGAAAUUUAAACUAGUCAAACCUCACAAGGGAUUUUACAACUUCCAACUAAAUCAAGUUUCUCCUAAAAUAAUUUCGGAGAAGCUCGAUCUAGUCUUGAAAUCCACUCCACUCAUCUUCGUUGUCAAUCGUCGUCAGUGGUUCAAAGAUGAACCAUUUUUGAGUUAUUAUUAUUGUGGUGCGUGGUCUUUUGAUCUUUCCCAUGUGCAGUGAGAUCGCGAUGACGUGCAAGGUAUCCACGAAAUAAUAAACGAAAGUCACAAUCGACCAUGAAUAUCGUGCUCGGGAUGCUUCUGAUCACCAUAGCCGGCGCUCUCGAUCAUCAUGACAACUAUUCGUGGAAACGCAGAGAGGACAUCAAGAUCGCGGCCGCGAGCCGACCAGUUUCAUCAAUUAAGGUUAAAGAAGCUCGGCCGCAACGAUCCAGCAUACAUUCGACUCAUAGAUCGAGAUCGUCGAAUCCGUUCAAGGGCGACGUUCUACAAAAUUCACCGAGAAGAUUCACGGCUGCCGAGAAUUCGGACGAGCAGCAGGAUCUCUGGAACCUCGGCAGCGUCAGGACGAAACAGGAUUCGACGCGCGAAAAUCGAGCCAUUGAGAGCACUCUGAAGAACGUGAUCGACAGACCAUCCUUGGAUAAAGUCGAAAAGUAUCAAUACUUUUCGAAUUUCCCAUACGGCAGUGAUGAAACCGCCGACGUCAUAUUGGAGAACGCGGAAUAUCCGCAGAAUACAGUGUUCUCCAAGAAUAUUCAACAAGAUUUCCUGGAUCACAAUGCGAAAGAGGAGGAGAAAGAAAUAGAUUGGAGCGGGCAAAAUGUGUUCCAGAAAGACCCGAAAGACGAGGUGGAGGAAGAAACUAACGUUCAGGAAUUUCUAGACGAAAUUAGCCAGAAGAAAUUGAAUGGAGAACUCGAAGAACUGUUGAGCGGGCAUCGCCAGGGCAGAAGAAGGAAACUCACCAGUCAGCAGCAAGGUGUUCUGCUGGUGGAAACGCUCAGGAAGAAGCGAAAUCACACCAAUGAUCAUCGAGGGCACGGUUCCAAUCUCCAGAGCGGCCUUAUGGAUAUGCUGGGCAGAAUGAUACCGCAGACGUGCAAGUAUAAAGGUACGAAAUUCGAGUGCGGCCUUAGUAUUAGCUGCGUUUUAGGCGGUGGUCGACCUGUCGACCUCUGUUCCGGAGGCUUAAUAUGGAGCUGCUGCGUGGACGAUGACGAUAUACCUGAAAAGAUACGACCGACUACCGGCCUGCUACAGAAUGCCACGUUUUCCAUAAAUCUCGGGCACCAACAGCCGUACGUGGAUGACGACGUGCACAUUUACGGGAGCGUAAGACCGUCGCACGGCCAGGGGGGCGCCCAUCGGCCCCCUGCUUUCAGCAAGCCGACGAAUCUUUACGAUCCGUCAUACGCGAUCUGGAAUCACGAUCGGCCGAACGAUCUCGGCUACGAUCGACCCACCCGUCCUCCCUAUCACGCAGUCCAGGUGGACUAUCUGCAGGACGAGUACGACGGUGCCUAUCCGCCUCAUGCCGCUUCCGGCAUACACGUGCCGGCGAUCGAGGACUCGUCCAACGCCGCCGUGGACUACUCUAGAUACCGUGGCUGCGGCGAGCUUUACACGAGGAGCAACAGGAUUGUCGGUGGUCACUCGUCCAGUUUCGGCAGCCAUCCGUGGCAGGCCGCUAUUAUCAAAUCGGGAUUUCUCAACAAGAAGCUAUCUUGCGGCGGCGCCUUGCUGAACAACCGAUGGGUUGUCACCGCGGCGCAUUGUGUUGCGACGACACCCAAUAACAAUUUGAAAGUUCGACUUGGAGAGUGGGACGUUCGAGAUGCAUCGGAGCGACUGCUCCAUGAAGAAUUCAACAUCGAGAGGAAAGAGGUACAUCCACAAUAUUCUCCCACCGACUUUCGCAACGAUGUGGCCUUGGUUAAGCUGUCUCGGACGGUAGCUUUCAAGCAGCACAUUGUCCCGGUUUGCCUGCCGGCGAGGAAUUUGAAGCUCUCCGGCAGAACCGCAACCGUCGCUGGUUGGGGACGAACCAGGCAUGGUCAAACUUCGGCACCAUCCGUUCUUCAAGAAGUCGACGUCGAAGUAAUACCGAACGAGAGGUGUCAGAGAUGGUUCAGAGCAGCUGGAAGAAGAGAAACUAUUCACGAUGUAUUCCUGUGUGCAGGAUAUAAAGAAGGUGGACGAGACUCUUGUCAGGGCGAUUCGGGUGGACCGCUCACGAUGUCGGUGGAAGGCAGACACGUUUUAAUCGGUUUGGUUUCCUGGGGCAUCGGCUGUGGUCGCGAACACUUACCCGGCGUAUACACCAAUAUCCAGAAAUUCGUACCCUGGAUCGAUAAAGUUAUGAGCUAAGCGGAUAAGAGAUAUUUCAGUUCCUUCGAAGGUUGUGGGUUGCUUCGCCCAAAAGAAAGAAGAAGAAGAGGAACACGCGAGAACGACGCGGGGACAGUUACCAAAGUCUUGACUCAUUCAUUAGGAACUUUUGCGAUCGUACUUGAUUAUUCUUGAAUGACAGGCACUCUCUCGAAGGUGCUAAAAACAUGAUGUUUGUUGAACGGCGUUGUAUAAAGUAUAUUCAAAGCUGACAAUGAAAAGUGAUAAAAACUAUAAUCAGUGUAUCCCAAUCAUUUUGCUCUGCCAGGAGAAAGUUGUUGUGAGAUGUUGAUCAAUAGCAAUGAAUGGGAUAUUUGAUAAAAAGAACAUUUAAGCUGCUUUUAAGCGUUGUUGUUAUUCAUAUCGCAAAUAAUUUAUUAUCAUACAUAUUAAAAUUGAAAGAUGUAAUUUGUUUUUGAAUUUAGUUCUGUUAUUUAAAUAUUUGAUUUAAAUAUUAAUUCAAUAUAAUAAAUUAUUAAAUUAAAAUGUUUUUACGAUAAUUACUUAUGUUAGAAAUUCGUAACAAUUCGAUUUAAAAUAUUGCAUAUUUUAAAAGUAUGUAGAAAAAAUAUUUACUUCAAUGACACGUGAUGUAAUAUAAGUGAGAAUUUAUUAAAU